UUAUGGACCGACUACAUUGCACGGGAAGACUAUCUGACAAAUUAAUUGCUGACGGAAGGCAAACGAGAUGAGGAUCUGUUAUUUGAAAUAUCUGGCAUUAUCUGCGACCAAUCGUAGCGUGUGUUUGGCCUGUUUUGUUCGCAUUACGGAAUGAUCGGUUCCUGACAGUCACAGUCUGAUGACGAAAUAUAGUAAGUGGGAGUAAGUUAUUUCGAGCGUGUCAUUGCGUUAAAACGAUAAUACGCUCGACAGUGCCAUACAAAUUUCCUAAAUAACACGCAAUUAUGAUUUGUUCUUGACAUGUAAGUUUGUAGUUCUCCUCUCAAUUGUCGUUCUUUCGAGUGACACAGAAUAGGAUACGUUGAAUUAACGAUCAAUUUCUACGCUUUAUCUGAGCCUGUUUCUGAUUUACACAGGCAGGAUGCUAUCGCACAUCAUAUUUGCGAUCUUAUCUUUGUUCUCUAUUACGCUUGCUACUGUGAUACAUUAUCAGCCGGAAGCUGUACAUCUUUCCUUUGCUGAUAAUGGUCGUGAUAUUGUUGUUACUUGGAGUACAAGAAAUGAUACAGGAGAAUCAAUAGUAGAGUAUGGUAUAGGUGGGUUUGUUUUGCGAGCUGAAGGAAAUUCUACUCCUUUCAUUGAUGGUGGGAAGCAAAAACAAAAACAGUAUAUCCAUAGAGUAUGGUUAAAAAAUUUAACACCUAACAGCAAAUAUAUAUAUCAUUGCGGUAGCCAUUAUGGAUGGUCAAAUGUGUUUUAUGUGAGAACCAUACCUGAGGAUGCUAUAGACUGGUCACCUCAAGUAGUUAUCUUUGGUGAUAUGGGUAACGAGAACGCACAGAGUUUAUCACGACUGCAGGAAGAAACGGAACGUGGUUUAUACGAUGCUGCCAUUCAUGUUGGUGACUUUGCUUAUGACAUGCACACAGAUGAUGCACGUGUAGGAGACGAAUUUAUGCGACAAAUUGAAUCUGUUGCGGCAUAUAUACCAUAUAUGACUGUACCUGGAAAUCACGAAGAGAAAUAUAAUUUUAGCAAUUAUAAGGCCCGGUUUACUAUGCCAGGUGAUUCAGAAGGUUUAUGGUAUAGUUUCAAUUUAGGUCCUGUACAUUUUGUAGCUAUAGAAACAGAAGCUUAUUAUUUUAUGAAUUAUGGUAUAAAACAAAUGAUUAAACAAUAUGAAUGGUUGGAUAAAGAUUUGCGAGAAGCUAAUAAACCUGAAGCAAGAUCCCAACGCCCAUGGAUAGUAACAUUUGGACACAGACCAAUGUAUUGUAGCAAUAAGAAUGCAGAUGAUUGUACCAACCAUCAAAGUUUAGUUAGAGUUGGAUUGCCAUUUUUAAAUUGGUUUGGAUUGGAAGAUUUAUUUUUCAAGCAUAAAGUAGAUUUAGAAAUCUGGGCGCACGAACAUAGUUAUGAAAGGAUGUGGCCUAUGUAUAACUUUCAAGUAUACAAUGGUAGUUACGAAAAACCGUACACAAAUUACAAAGCACCUGUACAUAUCAUUACUGGAUCAGCUGGUUGCAAAGAAGGUCGAGAGAAUUUUAUUCCAAAUCGACCGAAAUGGUCCGCAUUUCGUAGUUCAGAUUAUGGCUAUACAAGAAUGAAAGUAUUUAAUAAGACUCAUUUAUAUCUAGAACAGGUAUCUGAUGAUAAAGAAGGUGCUGUUUUAGACAGAAUUUGGCUCGUAAAAGAGAAAUCUUUGCCACAGUAUAUAGAAAUUUCUCCUAUAAAUUAAUGUAACAAAAAUUUAAUUUUAAUUAGCAUUAUGCUACAAACUAAAAUAGCAUAUACAAAAUAUAGAUGUUUAUUGAAUGAUACUAUUAGUAAAUAAUGUAUAUCUUUUACGUCGGCUGUGUAUUAUAAAGUAUACGUAUAAUUAUGAUUGUAACUCGAAUUUGGUACACAUUUUAUGUGUAUUGGUAUUAUGACCAAAUGUAUACACGAACAAUAAAAAA